AGUCUUUUCGCUCGUUCGAUGUCGCCAGCUUUGAUGCGCUGUACGCCUUAUUCCAUGAGGUAUUAUUCCCUAUGCAGGGCAACUCAGCCUCAGCUGCGUAUCAUCGGCUGAAUAGAGCUCGGGAUAAGGUUGAAGCUGACAGGGCCGCGCGAUGAGAUCUCGUCACGUGACUCGCAAGACGUACCGCCGUUCGGUUGGGCAACGAGGGAAUUGCAUGCGCAUCUCGACGCCGCUGCCGGUGCAGAUAAUAUCGCAAAGGGGUCGUGUCUGUCUGAACUCGCAGGCUGGGAUUCCUGAUGAUGACGGCUUCUCAAAGGGAGCAACCGAGAAAGGGGAGGGGGGGCCAAAAUGGCAAAAAGCAAUGCUUCUCGUCAGCUUAUUAGUACCAUUCGCCAAAACUAACAGAAGGCCAAAAAUAAGACGUCCGUUCCGCCUUGUCAUAUCAACGGAAUUCCACCGAGAUAUCAGGCCCAAAAAUCGCUCUCCAGCUGGGCCUAAAUUAUUAUUAAACAAUUGGCCCCGUACUUUUAGGCAGGAGAGCUCAUUACCGGAGGAACCGACUGUACCGGAUUUGGCGCGGUCCAUGGAGAAAACAACGCAGCAAUAACAUGUCCACUGGUACUAGUACCAGGUGCUAGCAGCAGCGCGGACGAAGUACCUGCAUCAGUUUUCUCCGAUAUGCGCGGAUAUCGAUAUCCGGUCCACGAUACCCGCCCGCGGUGAAUGAAAAAAGUCUAGAAGUCGUGGAGAAGGGCUGACCGCCUGGGUCGCUUCUCCGAGAGGGAACAUUGGCCUAUAUCUCUCGUUUUCUUUGGAUCCUUUGGGAAGGGGGCGAACUGCGAUUAAGGUUGGCUUCUAGAGGUCUAUCUGACGGGGUCUAGUUUUGUUAU